UCUUGUUUGUAUGCCAGCAUUCAACAAGAGUCUAUGAGUUCAUGAGUUCGGGCAAUAUCGUCAAUAGAUAUUGGGCUUUCAAUCUCCAGGGUCUUAUAUCAAAGAGGAUUUUCGAGUCAUAAUCUGUUAUCGGCGAUUUUGCCGCACCUUUCCCAGUGUUGCUUGCUUCCUUUCUUUUCCUACUCUUUCUUGUUUCUUUUGUUGCGAAAGCGAUACCCCUUAAGUUUCAUCUAAUUACAUUCGCAAACACUUUCAUUGGACGUCCAAUUGAAUACAAUGUCAUCCUCUGUUCACUUCAAGUUCAAAUCUCAGAAAGAACCCUCAAGGGUAACUUUUGAUGGUACCGGUAUCUCUGUCUUUGAAUUGAAACGUGAAAUUAUCAAUCAGAGUAGGCUGGGUGACGGAACCGAUUUCGAGCUGUCUAUCUACAAUGAAGAUACUGGGGAAGAGUACGAUGACGACACCACGAUUAUACCUCGUUCGACUUCUGUCAUAGCUCGCAGACUACCUGCAUCACGACCUGGCAAAGGCGGUGCUACUCGUUAUGUAUCCGGCAAAAUGCCAGUCAAUGCGCGCAAUGCUCCUCGUAAUGACCAAGCUUCGUCAAGUCGAACAGUGUCCCAUUCUAGCAAUACAGUCAGCAAUGGCGUCCUAGAGCUUAACAAUGCGCAGACCGAAGAAGAGAAGAUAAACGCACUUUUUAACCUGCAGGCCAAUCAAUGGAAAGAACAACAACAAGAGAUGGCAAAUGCUACACCUGUCCCAUUCGGUCGCGGAAGAGGCAAAUCUAUUAAUGUCCCCGACCAUCCUCCACCUCCCGGAUACCUUUGUUAUCGCUGCCGUGAAAAAGGUCACUGGAUCCAAGCGUGCCCGACUAACAAUGAUCCUAAAUUCGAUGGCAAGUAUCGAGUGAAGCGGUCAACUGGCAUACCUCGCUCUCUUCAAACGAAAGUUGACAAGCCCGAUUCACUCACAAUAGAUGGCUCUAGUGAAGAUCUAAAGAAUACAGGCGUUAUGGUUAAUGCUGAUGGUGAUUUUGUCAUUGCCAAACCAGACAAGGCAGCCUGGGAAUUGUAUCAAGAAAAGGCUAAGGCCUCGGCGGCGGCGGCAGCAGAAGCUGCGGCAGCAGAAUACAGCAAGGAGUUGCAAGCACGUGGGCUAGAAUGUCCAAUUGAUAAACGGAUGUUCUUAGAGCCCACAAAAACGCCUUGCUGCCACAGAACUUACUGCAAUGACUGUAUUACAAAUGCCUUAAUUGAAAGCGAUUUCGUCUGCCCUGGAUGUGGAACUGAAGGUGUCCUACUGGAUAAUCUAUCUGCGGACGAUGAUGCCAUCUCAAAGACCAAGGUUUAUGAGAUCGAGAAAGCCGAUUCAAAGAAAGAGAAGGAGAAGCAAUCGGCUACUCAAGAAAAUCCACCAACAAACAAAACAUCUUCCUCGGGUGAUGACUUAAAUAGCAAAGCAGAGGCGCCAUCGCUAGCCUCGCCUAGGGCAGUUUUGUCGAAGCAUUUCAAGAAAAGGCCUGCAGAGGAUGGUCCUGUUGAUGGGCUUACCGAAGAGUCAGACUCAGGUUUCACACAGAAGAAACAGAAAGCCGAAGAUCAUCAUAAGCCAACUGAAACCCCACCCUCACAACUCAAGGAUCCUUCUACCGGAUUUCAGUCGCUUUCUUUUGGUCAUCAAAUGCCUUUUAGUGGACUCAAUUUUAUGCAGAGCCAGGGCAUUCCUUCCAUGUCUUUUCCUGAUACUGGUUUCGUUGGAGAAGGAAUGGGAUACAUGAAUCCUGUGGGCUUGCCUUCGUCGAAUAAUUACCCCAACGGCAUCGGCCAAUCCUGGAAUGCUAUGAGUGGUAUGAAUUUUAACCCGCUCCAAGGCGACCUAUAUGGCGACAGCACAAAUGGUACAGUCCAUUCUGGGUAUGGCGCAGCGAAUAUGUUCAAUGGCGUGGGCGAUACUCCAAUGAACAUGUUUCCCAUUAAUCACAUGGCAGGGAAUAUGCAACAGAAUAUAGGCUUCGCACAGACGCCAAGUAUAGGCCAUUUUUCAAACCAACAGCGGACCACAUUUAGCACCCCCUAUGCCAGAGAGGAAGAUACGGCAUACUUUCGUCAGCCUGUCAACCCACAACGUCAUCAAGCAAGAUAUCGGAGGAUAAGGCCUAGUGAUUAUCGGGAGCUUUAAGCUCCUUGUAGGGAUCCAGGCGAUGUUUCCCCUUUGUUACUUUGGGUCCAUGCCGGCUUGGGAGUUACGGAGCAUAUUCUGUGUGUGGGAACUACUCUUCUCUUUUCACAUGUAGUAUCUUUCUUGCCUGUAUAUUCUACAUAUGUGAUGUAUACACUAUAAGUCGUUGCAUUGAUCAUGUAUUACCUGAGUUGGGCUAAAAUCGGGCGACGUCUCGCAACAGCCAUGAUUGCCAAGAGACCUUGCAAGAUUGAUUCUAGUUAUGAUAGACAAUCCAAGACGUAGGUUUACCACAUCCUUCAGAAGGGUAGUUUAUUGACACGUGACUAUAUCCACAACCAAGUCAGAUGACCGUACUCCGUAUCAUCAUCUUGACUAAUUAAUAAUGGCCAACAGCGGCCCAAAGUUAACCCCCUU